AUGUCAUCAAGAAAUUACAAUCCAUAUUCAAGUCUUGACGAAGAGAUUGAUGACGAACCAGUGCGUUAUGAAGAAGAAGACGAUGAUAGCAUAUAUUCUUAUGAUGCAGAAGCAGAAUGGGAAGAAAGUAAACAACAAAUUCAGACAUUGUUCGCGCUAGUUAUAUUUCCAUUUGCUGGUAAAUGGUUAGGCAAGAAGUUUUCGUUCUGGUUGUGGGCCAACUAUUUAACAAGGUCAACACCAUUAGCAUCGCGUUUCGGUCUCAUUAGUCCAACUCAACCAUCCCUCUCCUCAAAUCUUGGUUCCCUAAUAAAUUCUGUUAAUAGGUUCCGUUAA